GGACCCCCUGCGAAGGAAGAUGACGGCCAACUCGGUCAUGAAAAGCAUCUUUUCACUCAAACAUUGUUCCGCCAUAUUAUUACAGCCAGUUGUGUGCAGCUCAUAUUGCCGCACACGAGCGCCUUUUAAGGAACUAUGGCUUUGGCGUUGGCCGAAAUCUUUUAGGUUGUCAAAUAUAAAAACUAGAAAAUGGAAUUGUCUUCAAUGGGCCAAGAGUUCACUCCAGCAGCACCGCUGCAUAUCCAACGACUUAACAAAGCCCUGCAGUUGGAUGUUCUGCUUAGGGAAGCUGGGAAAGUCUUCACUGAGGAUUUGAGUGAAACAGAGGAAAGUGGAUUAAGUGACUUUGACAAGGAUUAUGAUCUGGAUAUGAGUCCACAAUAUCAACAAAGACAAAUGGGAAAUGAAGAAGGACACGAAGAAUGUUCGUGGGAUAAGUCAAACCUUUACAAUUUUUCCAAAAUCAAAAAGAACAGACAGUGGCUGAAGGAGAUUCUGUUAAGUGAUAGUUCAGAAAGCUCUGACGAUGAUGAACAUCCAAUCACUGAAGACGAUUUUAAGCAAAUGCUUAGACUUCAUAAAGAGCAGAAACUUUGCAGAAGAAAGUAUAUGCUGGACAAGAAUCUUGAUCGAUACAAGCACUACAGCAUUGGCUUGUUGUCUGGUCAAGACAGGUUCCACGAGACCCAGAGACCUCGUGUUACCAAAAAACUGAAAGAGAAACCUGAUGCAGCAGAAAAGGCCAAACUGAAAAAGGAGAAGUUGAAAGGAAAGAAAAAGAAAAAGGCGACGGAUGAGGACGGUGCGAAAAAAAGUGUUGAUGAAAAGCCCGCGAAAAAGCGUCAAUCCAGGACGAAAGAUGCCGACGUCAGACGACGGAAGAUUUGGGCGUACAUAGCCCGCAAGGAAAUACCGAGGACACAAAGGCAAAAGAAUACGGCAAGAAACACAAGCUUACAAAAUGCCAAAAAGUUGGCUCAGUUGUGUCAGAAGGAGAUGAAAAGAGAAGCGUUGAGAUCGCAAAAGGUUGGAGCUCAAACCGUCCCUAGAGCGAGACGUCUUGCCAAGGAGAUGUUGGUUUAUUGGAAGAAAUAUGAGAAGGUCGAGAAAGAACACAGAAAAAAGGCUGAGAAAGAAGCCAUCGAACAACGGAAAAUUGAUUUUGAAAUGAACGAGGCCAAAAGACAGCAAAGAAAGUUGAAUUUCUUGAUCACGCAAACUGAGCUAUACGCUCACUUUAUGAGCAGAAAACUGAAAGGUCCUGGGUCAUCCGAUGCUGCCCAGGCUCAGGUUGAUGGAAUUCUUAAAAAACUCGAGUUUAAUCUUCCUGGAUCUAAGGUCAAGAAUAUGGGCGGUGGUGUCGUGAUUGAUCUUGAACACAACGAUGACUAUGAUAGCGAGCAGAUGAAGAACCAGGCGCUGCAGAACGCUCAGCAGGCGUUCAAUGCUCACGAGAACUGGACAAAGGCGUUUGAUGAUGGAGCAAAGAAACCAAUGAAUCAACAAAACUUCGACCAAGCUUUCAGUCUUGCCAAUCCAUCGAUCAAGGGUCAGGAUGUUCCACAGCCUGACAUAUUUGAUGGUAAACUGAAGUCUUAUCAACUCAAGGGCAUGAAUUGGUUGGUGAAUUUGUACGAACAGGGAAUCAACGGGAUCUUAGCAGACGAAAUGGGCUUAGGAAAGACGGUUCAGUCUAUCGCCUUUCUCUCGUAUCUUGCUGAGGCGCACAAUAUCUGGGGUCCGUUUCUCGUCGUUGCGCCUGCCUCGACCUUACAUAACUGGCAACAGGAAGUGACAAGAUUCGUACCUGCCUUUAAGGUUUUGCCAUACUGGGGAAACCAAAGUGACAGAAAAUCCUUAAGGAAAUACUGGAACAGGAAACAGAGCGAUAUACACGACAGAGAAAAUGCUCCAUUUCACGUUUUAAUUACAAGCUAUCAAUUGGUUGUUCAAGAUGUGCGUUAUUUUCAACGAGUCAAGUGGCAGAAUUUGGUCUUGGACGAGGCUCAAGCAAUCAAAAGCAGUUCCAGCGUGCGAUGGAAAAUUUUGCUUGGUUUUACUUGUCGAAAUCGACUUCUUCUCACGGGUACUCCAAUACAGAACAGUAUGGCAGAGCUUUGGGCGUUACUGCAUUUCAUCAUGCCAACCUUAUUCGAUUCCCACGACGAGUUCAACGAAUGGUUCUCCAAGGACAUCGAAAGUUCGGCUGAGAAAGGAUCGACCAUGGAUCAAAAUCAACUGUCCAGACUUCACAUGAUACUGAAGCCUUUCAUGUUAAGACGAAUCAAACGGGAUGUUGAAAACGAGCUAUCCGAUAAGAUUGAGAUCAAGGUGAUAUGCGAGUUGACGUCCCGUCAAAAGUGGUUGUAUCGCGCCAUACGAAAUAAGAUCUCCAUAGAGGACCUCGUACAAACUUCCACCUCAACUUCGGCGUCCUCGUCUGCUACCAACAACCUGAUGAAUAUUGUCAUGCAAUUUAGAAAGGUCUGCAACCAUCCUGAGUUGUUUGAACGACACGAAGUCACGUCUCCUCUUAACUUAUCUGUGAAACCAUUUUCGCUGCCAAAACUUAUAUUUCGAGAAGGCUUGCUUUGCUUCAACUCUCCGGGGAAAUCAAAGAUCUUAUUCAAUAUGAUGAAUAUUGGAUCUGAAAAGUACAUUCAUAAUUCAUUGUUCCCGAGGAACAUAUCAGAACGCGACAGUUUUUCGUGUUUCUCAUUUCUUCGUUUUAUUAACUUGGCGCCGUCAGAAGCGUGCUCUAUCAUGACCAAAGAUGUUGCAUUUAGAUUUAUGUUUUUAUUGCUGUUAUUGGAAGAUGCAUAUCGAAUUUAUCAUCGAAGAUUAUGGAAUGUUAGAACUCAAAGCACUAGGUAUCUUAGUUGUCAGGAUCUUCUACUUUGGCCAUCAUUUCGCCUCUCGUACCCAGAAAUUCGUUUUGGACCAAUCACAAAGAAGCUGGUAUUCACGGGUCCUACCAUGACCACAAACUGUCACAUGACCCAUAAGAUCGUUCCCGUGGUAUCCGACGAUGAUCACAAGCGACAUCACGUGGUUAAGAAGAACAGCCCACGUCGCGUUAAGGACCCUAGUUCACCCACUAAACUCGCCCAUUCACCCUCGAAGGAUCCGCAUUCGCCAACCAAACAUCCGACAUCACCCACGAAAAAAGCACAUUCACCCACCAAACACCUUCAUUUGCCUGUUGAAGAAGCGUCCAACUUGCAUCCACCGCCGAAGGUGAAGUCCCCCACUAAGCACCAUCCCCCUGGUGGAGGUCACCAUCGGUCACAUCCCCACCACCACACGCACCAACGCCAUCAUCACCAUCACAAACACCACGGCAAAGGCGAUGGUGAUGUGGAAAUAGAAGCACCCAAGCCAGAACAAGCUACGAAUGAUACCAUCGUCCCACCAGAACUUGACAAAUCGCAGCCGGAUAAAAUCGAAAUUAAAAAAGACGAUUCCUCAUCGGGGAAAAGCACGACGAUUGUUAGAUUAUUGCAGCCCACGUCUCCGCCUAAGUUUCUAUUGGCUUACAUUCCAAAGGUUGUGGCUCAACCGGCAGGUUUCUACACAUGUGAUCGAAGCGGGGCGUACAAAGCGAGCGAAAUGAAGAGAUCUACAUCACAUUUCAACAACAAUCUUCUGUUGUACGGUGCUUUGGAUCACGAGUACCUGGAACAGAGAAAACACGAGUUUUUUCCACAACCCUUGGGCGGUUUUGUUGGCAUGGAUCCUAAGGGUGGAUGGUCUCACAUACAAAUCCCAGAUCGUGAAAUUCUCAUUACGGACAGUGGAAAGAUGAAGGAACUAGAUCGAUUAUUGACAAGAUUGAAGUUCCAAGGGCAUCGUGUGCUGAUAUAUUCUCAAAUGACAAAAAUGAUCGACUUGUUGGAGGAGUACAUGGCAUUCCGUAAACACAAAUACAUGAGACUGGAUGGCUCAUCAAAGAUCUCCGAAAGACGCGAUAUGGUUGCAAACUUUCAGACCAAAUCCGAUAUCUUCGCUUUUCUCCUGAGUACUCGAGCCGGUGGAUUGGGUAUCAAUCUCACCGCGGCAGAUACCGUGAUAUUUUAUGACAGCGAUUGGAAUCCCACCGUAGAUCAACAGGCCAUGGAUCGUGCGCAUCGCCUGGGGCAGACCAGACAAGUUACCGUGUAUAGAUUGAUUGCCAGGGGCACAAUUGAGGAAAGAAUUUUACAGAGAGCGCAAGAGAAAAGCGAGAUUCAAAAGAUGGUCAUAUCUGGUGGACAGUUCAAACCGGAUGCUCUGAAGCCAAAAGAAGUGGUUUCAUUGCUUCUCGAUGACGAAGAGAUGGAGUGUAAGUUCAUUCAAAAACAAGCUGAGAAGAAAGCGGACGACCAGAAGAAACGCAGGGAAAGAAAAAGGAAACAGCCUGAUCUUCCACCGCAGGGGGAGAAAAAUACGACAGGUAGCGACGUCGACGGGGGGCAGGCAAAGAAACGCGGUCGUAAAAAGAAAGUUCAGGCAGAACCCCCUCCGUUGUCUGAAACGAGCGACAGUCGAGGUCCCUCCGAGAUUGGUUCCACCAAUGGUGAGAUUAUCAACAUGAAAAUGGAAACCGCUGACGUGGAUGUUUCCGUCGCUGAUGACGUCAGCAUUCAGAGUUUGGAUGAUGUUUCUGUUGCAUCUGGAGAUGGUCUCACGAUUGAUCUUACCUCAAGUAUCCAAAUUACGCCUUCCAAAAGUGAUGCAGAAACAAGUCGUGAUAGUCCCAGUUCCCACUCGGGAUCGAAAACCCGCGGUCGGGCACGUGGCCGAGGGAGGGGUCGAGGUCGUACGUCUGGGCGUGGUCGCGGACGUGGGCGAGCCCGUGGUGCGUCUGGGGCGUUGGCAGCGGCUGCAGCUGCAAUGGCAGGCGCUGCAGCCGGGUCAGCGGCCGCAUACGCUGCCUAUGGCUUCAGCUACCAAGCAAGUGCCCCCACUCCACCCUCCAACCGUGUUAGCCCAGUGGCCUUCGGAGCUGGCCCCUCGCCCUCCUCGGGUGGGGGAUAUAAACAACAGAACACAGGGGUCGCCCUGCCGUCCCAUGUUUCAAGACACGAGGGCAGCGCAAACACACCUCCAGACGGAGAGCAAAUAAACGUGACUCGAGUUGAGACUAACAGUUCUAAGAACCAUAAAAGGAAUGAAGGGAGUACCACGUGAUGAACACGUGGGCACGGAGAACGAGUAUAUCACACAUCACGUCAACUAAUUGUGUUCUUACUGUUUGAUCCAAGUUAUCCCUCACAAAAAAUUGCAAAUGGUCUUUCGACUUCAUUUUCGUUUCAAAAUGACUCGAUCUUCGUUUCAAAAUGAUUUCAGUGAUUCUUGAUAAGCCUCAUGUUUAGUCAAAUUCUGUUGUCUUGUCAAUUUCUACGCAACAGGUUAGGAGGGUGGACUAAGUCAAACCGGCGGAGGUAAAUAGACUGGGUCAGACAGCGAGAACACCGCCUGAAAGUGAUAUCAGCUAAUUUAUGGAACUUUUGUAAAACCUCCAUAAUUUCAGCAUGGAAACAUCUUGUGAGUUUUUUGUGCGAGUAGCUUCAAAGCUACAAUAGAUAGGCCUAAUUCAAACGAGAUCCUAUAAGGAAUCCAGUACUUUAUAGCAAUUUAUUUACAUAAACCACAUUAUGCCUAGCCUAUUAUGUUUUGUGAACUAAUUUGAAAGGACUAACACUGUGAAUUAUCUAAAGCGGAAUGAAUUACAAAGAUUUUUUUAGAAUUUUUCGAACAGUAUCAAAAAUCUUGUAUU